CCGGGGUCACGUGGGCGGGGCGGCGGAGCGGCACCGGCACCGGGAUCUGGAUCUGGGACCGGGACUCGUAGCAGGACCGGGAGCGUCGCUUAGGAGCGGCACCUGCGCGGGGCCAUGCCGUACCUGGGCGGCGAGGAGGCGCAGCGGGAGCUGCGGCGGGCGCUGUCGAACCCGCACGUGCAGGCGGACCCGGCGCGGUACCGCGGCGCCGUGCUGCGCGUGAUCCGGCUGAUGGCGCAGGGCGCCGACGUGUCGGGGCUGUUCCCGGAGAUGGUGAAGGCGGGCGCGGUGCCGGACGUGGUGCAGAAGAAGCUGGUGUCGUUCUACGUGCGCGCCCAGGCCCCGCGGCAGCCGCAGCUGGCGCUGCUCGCCGUCAACUCCCUGCGCAAGGACUGCGCGCACCCCAGCCCGGCCGUGCGGGGGCUCGCCCUGCGCACCAUGUGCGGCCUCAGGAUGCCCGGGAUCCAGGAGUACCUGCAGCAGCCGCUGGUGAACGGGCUGCGGGACAAGGCGUCCUACGUGCGCAGGGCGGCCGUGCUGGGCUGUGCCAAGAUGGUGAAGCUGCAGGGGGACUGCGAAGUGGAUGGUGCUCUGGUGAAUGAGCUCUACAGUUUGCUUCGGGACCAGGACCCCAUUGUGGUCGUGAACUGUCUGAGGGCCUUGGAAGAGAUCUUGAAGAAGGAGGGAGGUGUUGUCAUCAACAAACCCAUUGCCCAUCAUCUCCUCAACAGGAUGCCUGACCUGGACCAGUGGGGGCAGAGCGAGGUGCUCACCUUCCUGCUGCGCUACAAACCCCGCAGCGAGGACGAGCUCUUCGACAUCCUCAACCUGCUCGACGGCUACCUCAAGAGCAGCAGCCCCAGCGUCGUGGUGGCAGCCACCAAGCUGUUCCUGGUGCUGGCCAGGGAGUACCCAGAUGUGCAGGCAGAUGUGCUGGUGCGGGUGAAGGGCCCGCUGCUGUCUGCCUGCACCUCGGAGAGCCGCGAGCUCUGCUUCACCGCGCUCUGCCACGUGCGCCAGAUCCUCAGGAGCCUGCCCGGCCACUUCAGCAGCCACUACAAAAAGUUCUUCUGCUCCUACUCGGAGCCCCACUACAUCAAAUGCCAGAAGAUGGAGGUGCUGUGUGAGCUGGUGAACGAUGAGAACGUGCAGCAGGUGCUGGAGGAGCUGCAGGGUUACUGCACCGACGUGUCGGCGGAGCUGGCGCAGGGAGCGAUCUUUGCCAUAGCCAAUAUUGCCAGGACAUACACGGAGCAGUGUGUGGGGAUUCUGACAGAACUUCUGGGGCUUCAGCAGGAGCACAUCACCUCAGCUGUGGUCCGUGCUUUCCGGGACCUGGCCUGGCUGUGUCCCCAGUGCACAGAUGCCGUGUGCCAGGCCCUGCCUGGCUGUGAGGACACCAUCCAGGACAGCGAGGGCAAACAAGCACUCAUCUGGCUGCUGGGCACCCAUGGGGAGAAGAUCCCGAACGCUCCCUAUGUCCUGGAGGACUUUGUGGAGAACGUGAGGUCGGAGUCGUUGCCAGCAGUGAAGAUGGAGCUGCUGACGGCGCUGCUGCGGCUCUUCCUGGCCCGGCCCGCCGAGUGCCAGGACACGCUGGGCAGGCUGCUCCACUACUGCAUUGAGGAGGAGCAGGACAUGGCCGUGCGGGACCGGGGGCUGUUCUACUACCGCCUGCUGCAGUCUGGGGUGGAGGAAGUGAAGAGGGUCCUGUGCAGCCCCAAGUCUGACCCCUCCCUGGGGCUCCUGGGGGAGCAGAGCAAGCAGCCUGUCAAUGCCUGGGCUCUGGAGUUCAACACUCUGGCCACGGUUUACGGCAGAGAGCGCUGGGCGCUCGCCACCGCUCAGCAGCCUGUGGAGCCCUCCUGCUCCUGCUCUCCUGGUGCUGAUUCCAGGAGCAGAGACACAGAAUCACUGGUUUCUGAAGGGGACAAGGAAGUCCUCGAGGUUCAUCCUGAUACUCCAGUGUCUGAAGGGGAUAAAGAACUCCUCCAGGCUCAUCCUGAUGCAGGCAGCCUAAGCUUGAUUCCUGAUGUUUCCCUGACUGCAGAACAGUUUGAGAAGACCUGGCUGAGCCUGGACACGAGCUGCCAGCUCUCUGUGCCCUGGUGUGGGCCUGUCCAUGCAGACACCAUCCAGACAGCCCUUCAUGUGGUGCACAUCCACACCAUUGCCAUGAGCAAAGCUGGAGCCCAGCUCUGGAAAGCUUAUCUGAGUGCCCAGGAUGACUCAGGCUGCCUCUUCCUCACAGAGCUCCUGCUCCAGGCAGCAGAUUCAGAGCUGCAGGUUUCGGUGAAGCAAAAUGAAGCAAAGCCAGAGGCACUGCAAUCCUUCAUCUCAGCCUUGAGGACAGUCCUGGAGGCAGUGGCUGGACUGGAGUCUUGACUGGUCCCUGCUCCCGGCAGGAUGCAUGCUCAGGGCACAGGAAAAGUUGAUUUUUCUGGCUCCUUUUGCCAUACCCAGUGCUGGUUUGGUAGUUUUAAAGUGCAGGGUGAAGGGGCUGCCCUCCCCCUGGGCUGGGACAGGACAGGGUCACUCUGGUGUGAGUCACAGGACUGGUGGCAUCCGUGGUGGGUGUCAUGAGGCACAAACAUCACCGGUGGAACCAGAGCUGAGCAGAAUUCAGGGGUGUGUUUUGGAGAGUUUUUUCCUGAGAAUUAUAAAUAAUUUUUUAAAAAAACCAAACCAAACACCAGAGGCACCAGGACUCUGCCACUUGCCUCACAUAAAGAGGAGCAGUGCAGUGAGAAGAGAAUCUUUCAUUCUUGGCUCCCUUUAGAUUUGUUUUAAUUUGCUGUCUGAUUCCAGUAGUGGCUUUGCUUGGGAGUGAGCAGAGCUCUGCUGUGCCAGAGGAGGGCGGGCAGGGGACAUCCUGCUGGCUGGAACCGUGUGGGUUUUUAACUGAAAAGUGUUACUGAGGUGAGAAUUGCCUUCUCUGAAGCUCCCCCAGCUCCUUGAUUGAGGGUGAGGUACACAGUGAGACUGAUCUAACAGGGAUUUAAGGUACUCUGUGAGGAGCACAAGCUUCUUUUAAUCCUCUUCUUCCCAAUUUCUUGUAAUUUUUGGUUUCUUUGACUGACUUGAUUGUACCCUCAAAUGGCACUGUGCCUUCCAUGCACUUCACUGAAUCCCUGUCUCUGUUACACAGACUUCUGCCUUUCCUAAUAAAAAUAUGAAUCGUU